GCUGGGCCUCCCAUCCGCCGCUUCCGCUCGUCCGCCUAAAACUGCGCCUGCGCACAUCCCUUCUUCCUCUCUGGGCUCGGACCGGGUUUGCGGCAAAAUGGCCAAACGCACCAAGAAGGUCGGAAUCGUGGGCAAAUACGGGACCCGUUAUGGUGCUUCCCUCAGGAAAAUGGUGAAGAAAAUUGAAAUCAGUCAGCACGCCAAGUACACCUGCUCCUUCUGUGGCAAAACCAAGAUGAAGAGACGAGCUGUGGGCAUCUGGCACUGUGGUUCCUGCAUGAAAACGGUAGCUGGUGGUGCCUGGACCUACAACACCACUUCUGCUGUCACAGUAAAGUCUGCCAUCAGAAGACUGAAGGAAUUGAAGGACCAGUAGAAGCACCACCAGUGGAAAUUUUGCUAGCCUAUAAUAAAUGGGUUAAUUUAUGUAACAGAA